GAGAAAAAUAGAGCUUAUUUCCCCCAAUUCCCCAAUGUUUGAGUUAGGGUUUGUAAUUAGACUCAUCGGCGCUACCGAAUUGGGUUGAAGAAAACGAAAGAAAUAAUCACGAUGCAGUUGUGUGACGACAAAGAGCUUGACGAAUGUAUAAACAAGGGGAGAGAAAUUGAAGAUAAGCUUAAGAAGAUUAUUGAGAAGUCACGGCGUCAAAAGUUGGCAUUGAAGAAGGAAUUUAAGAAGAAGGUAAAGGAAGAUGAGGAGAUGCUGGCAGUGAAGCGCAAGUAUUAUGACUCACGCAAGGCUCUCUAUGACGAAAGAAGUGAGCAUAUCAAAUCCAUUCCUCAUUUCUGGAAGACUGCUUUUCUGGGUUUUAAAAAUCUCCGAAAACACUUGAGUGACGGAGACGAAAAGAUAAUCGAGUUUCUAGAAUCUGUAGUUGUUGAUGAUGGCCACAAUCAGAAAUCUAUUACUUUUUUCUUCAAAAAGAAUCAGUAUUUCGAAAAUUUAUUCCUCAAAAAGAUAUACUCCCACACCCACAAAGGAAUAGUUAAUGAAUCUGGAACUAAAAUCUUGUGGAAGAAGGGGACGGGCACCACAAUUGGAUCAGAAACUGAGGAUCCUGCGCUUAUGGAUAUUGGUAAUAGCUUCUUUACACGGUUCUUUGAUCCUCAAGACAAAGAUCUUCCAAAAAAGCCUCGUGAUGAGGUGCUUGAGGCAAUCGAAGAGCAUCUAUGGCCAUCCGCUCUUGUACAUUUUCGAAUGGGGAGCAAAAAGAUGCCAUAGGAGGAAGAGGGUGAUAUAAGUAAGGCAAUAAAUAUCAGCUAAUCUAAUAUGCUAAGAUAUAGUUUUACUGUUCUAAUGGAAGUUUCUUCACGGACCUGUCUCUAUAUUCUUAGGCUAUAGUUCUUCUGUAAUCAAAUAAUUUUGUUUUUUUUCCAGUGUUAAAGUAGUGUUUCCAAUCGAUGGCUAAAUAUCUGUUUAUCGACUCUUCUGGAGUCAUUUUCGGUGUUGCUGAGUUUUUGCGCUGUUUCUAAUGCACAUAAUCUGGUAUAUUUAUAAUCACUUUUUAAGGCACACGACAAUGAUUUGUUUGGGACAUUUCAUCAGACAGGACUGAACAUGUUCCGACAAUGAUUUGUUUGGGACAAUGUCCUAACUUAGGGUGGCCCUCUCGGCAGUUUCAGGCGACUAUUCCGGCAAUGAAUUUAUUUUUCUCUC